AUGAAGGGGACACUUCUUCUGCUGGCCUUGCUGGUGAUUGGAGAGCUGGGCUUACAGCCAACGGAAGCAUGCAUUCCUUUCUUCGGUAUCUAUUCCAGUAUUGUCUCUGGAAGCAGUUUGUGGUUGGAGACGGAACUUUUCUUUUUUAAACCUACUGAAAAUGAAACGGUGGCCUUUCAAAAAAUCCAGGACUGCUACCAGGAGGCAGGAUUAAAAGCUAAAAUUGAAGAUGUGAAAUUUAUGACAUCAUUGGUUCUCAGCCCAGAAUGCAAGACAUACUAUGGCGACCAAAUUGUAACGAAAAUUAAGAAUGUGUUAAUACAGGCUACCAAGAGGUUAGAGUACCAAGGGAAAGGGGUGUUUGGAGUAUAG